AAGAGUGUCACUCUGACCGUAGAGUAGCAAAACGACGUGAAUUGAUGAGUUUAAGAAGGAAGCGCCACUGAGCCAACGACGGUUCCAACUUGCACGCCUUGUCCAAACCAACACUCAAAGGAAACAAGUUUCCUUUCCAUACAAUCUCUCUGCGCUGACUGUUCUUUCACAAAGUGUGCUUUGCAUUAUGGAAUUCUCAUGCUAGCUAAUAAAUAACUCCAGGAAUUAUGGAUAUGAAAUUUGGGCUCUUGUUCCUCUUUGUGUUGAGUACUAGCUGGGCUUGUGAUGCUAGACAACUAGAAGCCGCUGAGGUAGUAAUCUCUGAUGGAUCAGUUGUGCAGAUAAACCAUGGGCAAGAUGGGGAAGUAGUAGAAAAGGUUACUCAGAAGGACAAUGUGUGCACCUUGUGUGAGGAAUUUGCUACCGAGGCAAUUGAUUUCCUUUCACAAAACAAGACCCAGACUGAGGUAGUUGAGAUGCUUCACAAGAGCUGCUCCCAUAUACCAUCUUUCGAGCAGCAGUGCAUUACACUGGUGGACUACUAUGUUCCUAUCUUCUUUGUGGAAAUCUCUUCAACACAGCCUGAAGAUUUCUGUCGAAAGGUCAACCUAUGUCAAAAAGUUGCACUUAUAUCUUCUCAAAUCCGUGAAGAUAGCUGUGGCAUGUGUCACCAUGCUGUUUCAGAAGUACUAAUUAAGUUGAAAGAUCCUGAUACACAGCUGGAGAUAAUUGAGCUCCUUUUGAAGGGGUGUAAUUCAGUGCAGAACUAUGUGCAAAAGUGUAAGAGGUUGGUUUUCGAGUACGGCCCUCUGAUCCUUGCAAAUGCAGAGCAGUUUCUGGAAACAACUGAUGUAUGCACCAUACUCCGUGCCUGUAGUGAUGCCAAGCAGGCACCAUUGACUGAUGCAUAAUUGCUGCCCCCAAAACCGCUUGGAUCUGUUGUUGUAAUAUGGUACAAAAAGCUUUAACUCCCUGGUUUGCAAUUGUGCAUGUAUAAUAUUUACUCAAAUCUGAUUGCUUUCUCAAAGUUGUCCAGAUCAAUAGAUGUGUUUUUUACUGGGUUCUUUA